UGUAAACAAACCCAAUACAAAUUCCGCUGCAGACGGCGAUGGUGUUGUACGAUGUGUAUAAGCGUCCACUGGUCGUUGUGCAUAAGACCAGUGUAUGUUCAAAAGCUACACUGUUCUUAAUUCUCUGCAUUUUGUUAACAGUUAUAUCGCCGUUCUUGAUUGUGUAUCGCAGCCAGGGCUUGUGGAUAAAACAUGCAGAAUAUAGAGAACAGGCAGAUGUCCACUUUAAGCACCAAAUCCUCAUUGUCAGUGACACAGCUUCAGGCCCUCUUGUGUGGUCCACCCAGCCCUCAUUCAAUAAUCUCAUGAGAAAGUACUUACGCAUUCCACUAGUAAAGUCAUAUGAAGAGGAUGAAAACCAUGAUGGUGUGAAUGAUAGGCUAGUCUUCAGCUUGAAUAUUCCUUUACUGAGCAGUGAGUUGGUGUAUGGCACCACACUGUUGCUGACAUUUGACUACAGACUACAUCACAUGUGUGAGUUGAUAAUGGAGGGUGCAGGACUGUUUCAGCAUUCUAGUGGAGUUCCUGUGUCAGCCCUUCAUGUCACAACUGAUCUAUCCCUGCACCAACGUCAGCCUCUUCCUCCAUCUGGCAUACAUGAUUUGUAUAACACAUCUGUACUGCCAUCAUCUGUCUCUGACACAAGAAGCUGGAGAUUACAGGAAAUUCUUUCUAGUUACUGGAAAAGAAAUAUUACCACCAAAUUUACGAACACAUACACCAGCUGGCAGACAGGACAGAGUGAUUCAUUUACCAUAAAUCUGGUUGUCAAAUACCCCGAACAAACUGUUUUGUAUAUUCCGGGGUUUUGGUAUGUGCUUAAAUGGGCAUGGAUACAAUAUUUUGCUGUGUUAGUGAUCUUGGCAUAUGUUAUCAGUCUAAUUAAGGACUGGGUUUACCAGAACCAGGUUGUGUCAACAUGGGUUCAAUUCCCUUCAAAGAAAGAAAAGUAAAGAAUUCUGCAUAAAAAUUCUUAGUAAACUGAAAUUUCUGUUGUGUACAAUUACAAUGCAUUUAUCUAGUCAUAAUCAGUGAUUAAGGUUUUAGAGAGUCAGGUGUUGAUAUUCUUCCAAAGAAGUCAUUUUGCCUAUGUCCAGUAUGUGUUAAUUUUUUGCUUAUAAUCUUAUAUGGUAAUACAGAGUUCAUGUUUUUUAUUAAUAGAACUGUACUGUGCCUACCGUCCAAAGUGUAUAUCAUUGAUUUGUAAAAGCUAUACUUUAAAAUUUACUUAUUAUUUUGUAAGAAAAUCAGAUUGAUUAUAGCAUGACUGGAAUGUGGACAUCUGUUGCCAUCAUUGUUCUAUGAAUGUCUUUCACAUGUGUAAUCAGGUGUAUGUAGUAGUAGUCUCCCGACUUUGACAUAUCAAUAAAACAAGUCGGUUAUGGAUACACUAUCUUUUGAAUGGCAGUACCAUAUCCCUGCUUAAGGCUUUGCCAAUACAGCCAAAACAGGUGUGUCCUCUAAGUUUUAUUUUAAACCAUAUCUCUUAAUAUCUCUUAGAGAAUUUAAUGACAUCUCAUUAAUAUCCACAGUACCCAUCAUUUGAUGGGUACUGGAUGUGUGAAUGGCUUUUAACUACAUGAAAACUACAUGAACUUCUUUCAGAGUACUUACCAAAGGCAACUCUAGAACCCAUUACUAUCAGUGGCACAAUACAGCUCCAGAGGAACCAGGGAAAUCAUGGUUCAAUAGCUAUUGUAAACUUUAAUCAUUACAAAUUAAUCACUAAGUCAGUGGUGAGGUGCUUGGAUGGAAAAAUGAGGAAAGUAGCAAAUAUUGAUAUCAUUUCAAAUUUCUGUCUAUCAUUGUAUGUAGUAGUUUCAGAAGAGUUCAAGAUCAAUGUCAUGGUACUAUGUUAAUAUGUUUUUUUAAUACAAUUCAGCAUGUGCCAUUUUUAAAAUUUAAAUCCUAUAUUAUAUGGUAUCAGUGCCUCAGACUAUAAACAUAAAAUAUCUUCAAAAAUUACUUUAUACUUUAAAUGGUUGUGAAGGAUUUGAAUGAAGGCAUAGAUUUAACAGUAGAGUAUCCAUUUUCUUGUAAACAAAUAUUUUGUAUGAUUGGACUACAAAAAUAAAUAUUUUUGUUAUUUUAUUUACAUCAUUCUGUAUGAUUGGACUGCAAAGAAAUAUAUUUUUGUAAGUUUAUUGUAUUGAUGUUUUUUUUCUUUUCCUUUGUAUUGAUGUAUUUGUUUUCUUUUCAUUUGCAUUAAUGCCAUUUUUUCUUCAAAUAGGAAUAUUUUUAUUUACACAUGGCAAAUAUAGAGAUACUGGAAAAAAAGCAUUAAAUUAAAUUAGACUUUCCUUGAGAAUCACUGAGUAGGUUCUCCAAGCCCACUCAAUAAUAGAUAAAUAUUUUUCUAGACAGUGAAAAGAUACAAUGAGGUCUGAUAGGUUGAAGUUGCAUAAGUGUAUCUAGUUGACUUGUACUGUAUCUUGCCAGUAUUGCAUUUAAAUAAAAAAAUAAUUUUUGUGUAUAUUUAUUUUAUUAAAUAUUUUAAAUCAA